AUGCGGUAUAAGUUCUAUACAGGCGAGAUAAAACCGGCGUGUCUGGAUGUGAAGCCUGAACCGGACUUUUUGGCAGAAGCCACAGGCUGGGGCGCGCUCGGCCAUCACAAGGAACUGGCAGAUACCUUGCAAACGGUGACUCUUAGAAAGUACGACACGCAGACAUGCUCCAAGCUGUACCCGAAGCACCGACAUCUGGUCAAAGGUUUCGACGAGGCCACUCAAAUGUGCUACGGAGAUGACAAGGACCCUAAAGACACCUGCCAGGGUGACAGCGGAGGCCCUUUACAAGUGAAGAACAAAGAACUAUGUUUGUACCGAGUCCUCGGCGUCACGUCGUAUGGGAGACAAUGUGGGCAGACGACUGGCUCCGGCAUCUACACCAGGGUCUACCACUACCUGCCGUGGAUUGAAAGCAUCGUGUGGCCAUAAACACUGGGACACUACAACGUGUGACACUUUUUAACGUCACUGUAACAUUCAUGUGACACUUUUAUCGUCAUUGUAACAUUCAUGUGACACUUUUAUCGUCAUUGUAACAUUCAUGUGACACUUUUAUCGUUAUUGUAACAUUCAUGUGACACUUUUAUCGUCAUUGUAACAUUCAUGUGACACUUUUAUCGACAUUGUAACAUUCAUGUGAAAAUUUUAUCGUUAUGUAUAUAAUUUUAUCGUCUUUGUAACAUUAAUGUGACACUUUUAUCGUCAUUGUAACAUUCAUUGGUCAAUUUUAUCAACAUUUUAACAUUAAGCCCAUUAAGGGCCACUUUUAUCGUCAUUGUAACAUUCAUGUGACACUUUUAUCGACAUUGUACCAUUCAUGUGAAAAUUUUAUCGUAAUUGUAACAAUUUUGUGUCAAAAUAUUUUUUACCGUCACACUUAGCCAAGUCAUUCAGUAUGUAGAUAAGAAAAUAAAGACAGAUUCAGUACAGAGACAGCAACCAUUGGUAGUCUAGAGCCGACUGAGUUACAAAAGAUAUGGCUUCGUUACAAGAUAUACGAUUUAGUAUAAAAAAUAACAACUGGCUCUUACCUGCAUACUAAAUAAUUUUGUUGAUUUGUACGUCAAUAUCACAAAUGUAUGAUAAGAUAAUAUGAAAUAAAUAAUUAAAAUAAU